AUGGAUUCAGCCUUCCAGAAGGAACUCACAUACCGCAUUUGCUUGAACUACCUGAUGGACCCCAUCACCAUACACUGUGGGCACAGCUACUGUAGGCCCUGUCUAUGCCUUUUCUGGGACACAGUCCCAACUGCCAUUUGCCCCAUGUGCAGAAAAACAGCAGCGCAGACAGAAUGAAAAACCAAUACUCUUCUGAAGAAUCUUGUGAGCCAUGCCAGACAAGCCAAUCUGAGGCAGCUCCUGAGUUCUGAGGAACAGAUGUGCGGGACAGACGGAGAGAUAAAGACAAUCUUCUGUAACGCCAUCCAGAACCUGCUCUGUGUGCUCUGCUCUAAAACUCAGGAGCAUAGGGGUCACAGGCAUUGUUCCAUAGAAUGUGUUGUAAAGGAUUACAGGGAGACACUCUUAAGGCAAAUGAGGUCCAUAUGGGAAAUGCUUCAAGAAAAUCAGCAAAAUCUAAAUGAGGAGAGCCAAAUCAUUGAAGGCUGGGAAGAUUUGGGAGAUAUAUUGACAAGGAGUGAGUCUGUGCAACUGCACUUACCCCAGCCUAUGAACCCAGUGCUCAGUGCAAGGCCCAUACCUGGACUUAUACACAGGUUGAACCAAUUUCGAGUGGAAAUUGUCUUCCAGAAAGAAAUGAGCAAUAAGAGAAGUAUGCUGUUUGAUGACAUGAAACAUUUGGGGCUUAGAUAUGGACUUCAAGAUGUGCCUUUUCCUUCUAGAAAAUUUUUGCUGAAAUUUGUGGAAUUUGCCCUAAAGAACUCAGCUGGCCUUCGCAAUCCCAGUUUGCAACCUAAUCCCUUCACGUGUUCCAGGUGGGGGUUCCAGCGGAGUAGAGAGGAACCUGAGCCCUAG